AUGACUGGCAGAGGAAGAGAGAUAUCAGAAGUGUGCAAGGAAAGAAACAUCGACAUCCUUUGUGUGCAGGAUACCAGAUGGAGUGGAAAGAGUGCAAGAGAAUUGCUAGAAGGAUACAAGAUCUAUUACAGUGGAGAAGGGAACAGAAGAAAUGGGAUUGGAAUAAUUUUGAGCCCAAAGUACAAGGAAGGAGUCAUCGAGGUGGAACGUGUGUCAGACAGACUGAUGAAGAUGAAACUGGUGAUAGCCGGCGAGCUCUUAAACAUGUUCAUGGAGAACUUUGAGCGAAUAAUACAAGACAUAUCAGAAAGUGAAAAAGUCCUGGUAGGAGCUGAUCUCAACGGACAUGUAGGCCAAAGAUCAGAUGGGUACCAAAGAGUUCAUGGUGGCCGAGAGGAAAACCAAAGAAGAGAUGGAGAGGAUUGCCCACCGGUUGAGGGCCCCUUGCCUGAUAUCAACGAGAAGGAAGUUGAAGAAGCAAUGAAGAAAAUGAGGACGGGAGGGCAACAGAGUGCUCUGGACUACCAGUGGACCUGCUAA